CAGAAUGAGCAGAAAACCCAAAUUCUGGGCUGCUGUGGCCGACGCAGAGCAUGGUGCUAACUUGAACAAUGUGGCAGUGGCAGUGCGGGAAAGGAAGGAGGAUCUGGGGAAAUGCUCAAGUUUCCUUCACCUACGGUUAGAUGCAAAUAGCCUAUUUAAAUUACUUACCUUCCAAGACCAAGACCUGGGCAAGGGAAUUGUGAGAGUCUCAGGGGAGCCAUGGAAGAAGAGUUACUUUAUCUGACAACUACUUUGUAUUGCAAAUGACAAAGGGGCUCCAUUGCCAAUAAGGUUAUGGGCUGAAUGGUGUAUCAAUCCCCCCCACCACCGCCCCAGCAAAUGUAUAUGUUGAAGCCCAAUUCCUAUCCAAUCCCUUCCUCCCCCAACUGUUGUAUAAAUACGCAAUGAGGCUAAAAUAAACCCAGGAGAGCAAACUGCAAACUCGGCACCAUUUGGCCGCUUCCGGACCUGGCGCUGACUAACCAGCCCGUCCCUGCGGGCCGAAAGGUGCCCGUGUGGUGUCCUAUGCUGGGGCGGCCAGUGGGAAAACGGGCAGUGACAGAAGCCAAUAGUGUUCCUUUGUGUCAUGGACAAGACACAGUCUGAUGACGCCUGUGGACCCUCUUCCGAGUUACACAUUGAAGUACGCAACAUAAAAUACAUAGGACUACAAAGGAAAUCGAGAAGACUGAAAUACAAUCACAACAUAUUUUCGAAACCGAAAAUGUGUGAUAGAGCGGUAUCCACGCUUCUUUACAAACAGACGCGGUGCCGGGGCACCGGCAGGACGCAGGCUCCCACACACGAACCGCACAGCCUAUCCCCACGGGGGUUCACUGUGGAACUACGUGCAUUUAUCAAAGGGCAAGGGAUUCUUCCCUAAAACUUGUGACUCUUGCUGUAUGUUAAUUAUACCUUAAGAAAACUGUCUCCUGAAAGUCGUGGAGGGAGUCUAAUGGCUACACUUUUGAAGUUUUGAUCAAGUUUUAAGAUAGUGGUAAGCACACUAGUGCGGUGUGGAAACAUCAGGGGUUCAUUUUAGCGACAAGUUCCCAGGGGCUGGUGAUCCUGCUGGGGUCUGUAUUUUAUCCUGAUGACUGACGUGUAAACUGCAGUGCGAGGUGAGCAGAAACAGAGACGGCUUUUCCCAGCUUGGGUUGAUGGCCCUCAUAAAAUCCACCCACAGAAUGGAGGACAGAGAAGGUGGUGAGGCCGGUCGCAGAUCAAGAGCUGCGUGGGGCGUCUGUGAACAAGCGGAGAGUAAGCAAGCGGCCAUCAGGCAUCAGAGACAGGGACGGGGGGCAGCAGGGUGGCGGAGACUGAGGUGAGGGUGACAACAUUCACCUCCCUGUGCCGCGGGGCACCCGGAAAGUCCCAUCUCCUCCAGCUUUGCAGACCCUUUCGGCCCCAGCUCCGACUCUACUUCACCAGAGACCCCUCCCCCGGUCCUGCUCGCUCGGCCGAGACCAGGGGUGCAGAUCAGCCGGUGCGGCCCCUCCUUUGGCUGGCUCCAGGCCUCCGUGUUCCUGCAGCCUGAGCGCUCAGGUCUCCAGGCCCCGGCGCCACUGGCUGGGCCACGGCUACGACGGAGAGGUCGCCCGUCCCGGCGCGCGCCAAAGCUUCCUCGGACACCACCGCCCCAGUGCCGCCCCGGGAUCCGGUCAAGCCUCCGCCUGCUCACGCCGCACCGCCGCCUUCCACCUCACCACCGUCUGGGGGGACAGCGUGUGUGGGCAGAGGAGGGAGAGUAAACGAGAAAAAAAAAAAAGAGAGAAAACGCCAGCUCCACGCCCGGGCCCGGGCCGCCGCGCGCUCCGCUGCAGUGGUCGGGAUGCCCGGCCGCCCACUCGGGGGGAGGACUGCCAAGUCCUUCAGGUGGUGUGGAGCCGCCUGACCACACACUCUCCUCCUUAGAUCAGCCCUCCCGGGCCGCCCGGCAACGGUUGUCCAUAACCCGUCUCUUUUCUGGGGACAAAGUAUAAAGAACCACCGGGUCCCGCUCCCAGCGCAUCGCGCCUGCGCACAGCUCUCGCGGUGGGACACAGGUGCCGUCAGUGCGCAUGCUCCCCCCAUGGGGGUCUCCCGGCAGGUUUUGAAUCCAGACGCCAAAUACGGCCCGGCUCGCGCAUGCGUCUCUGCCGCACCGGGCUCUCUUCCCGCUGGAGCCAGAGGCGCGGCUGCUGGGUUUAAAGCCGGACGAGCCGGAAGUGGCUCGGCUUUCUCACCUCCCCUCCGCCCCGGCGGAGGCUCAAGCUCCGGGAGACAGGUUCCGGGGCUGUCCUGGCCUGGAGGUGGCCGAAUGGCGACCGAGACCGAGGGUGGGCUGUGGACCCCUCGCCCUUCGCUGGCCUCUUCCUGGGAUGCCACAGGCGGGGCCCUGGACCAGAGCCUCCUUGUCACCGGAGCUGGUGUCGGCGCCCGGGACUUCGAGUGGGAGGAGCUGCUGGCGCCGCCUGCCCCAGGCCAGGACCCGGUGAUUUUGAAAAGGAGCCUGAACAGCCCAGAGGAAACCCCCUGCUUCCUUUACCUGCGCUGUGACCCUGAGGCAGGGGAAGAAAUAGUUUCUGUUGGCGUUUUAAGUUCGGCGAGAAAUAUGGAGGUGUAUGUAGCAGAGGAGUACAGUGGAACCAGUCGGGGCAAGACUGUUCCCGAUGUUCUGGAGAACAGUGAACAUGAAAUUAUUUUCUACAAAAAGUAUUUAAAAUUGGAGUCUCCCACUCUUGCUUGUAAAAUCAAGUUGCUGUCCUUCGGUGAAAAGCAGCGUGUGCUGGUCAGCAGAGUCGUGGCGCACGUGGGGCCGGCCUCGGCGCGCUCUCCCGCGGUGGGUGCGGGGCUGGACCUGCAGCGGGUCCAGACCAUCGUGCGGUCCAUGGGGUCCACCUUGUCGCCCGGAGCUCAGCAGCUGAUGAGCAUGGUCAGCUUCCAGCAGCAGAACUGCAUUUCCAUCGGAGAGCAGCUUCAGUCAGUUUUGGGAAAGACUGCAUUCACGCAAAUGAUGGGCCUGCAGGCGUUGUGUCCGUCGGCAGCCUGGGACGGGUCACCCUCCACACCUUCUCCCUUCAGAGCUGGGUUGACUCCUGGACGCGUGACUGGCGGCUCCGAAGCUCACACUGACAGCAGCACCCAGCCAGCCGCUGGAGGACACGUUACAGACCUCAAAGGGUGUACGGCUGUGCCGCCGAACCAUUCUCUUCCCGACGGUGAUCUGAAGAAUGCGGUAUCUUCUCUCCUCCCGAAGAAAGCGAGUGACCGCUCGGGUGCACCCAGCUCAGAGCUGCUGCCUCUUCUGCAGAGUCUGUGCAGCCACGUUAACGGGCUCCGUGGGGGCCAGAAGGCCGAGCGGCCGGGCGCCGUCUCCAAGCCCAGUGACGGCAUCGCUGCUGUGGCAAUGGGCGAGCAGCCUGUUUGCUCCUACUUGGAAAAGAUUCUCACUAAAAGUAUGGACCUGCUGGAAAAGAGACUCACGGACCACAUCGACCAGCGCGUCCGCGCCCUCCAGGAGCACAUAGAGGGGAAGAUCGCGGCGCUGGCGGACUUACUGCAGAGCCCCGGCUCCCCCGCCGCCGCCGGGCUGCCCCUGAGGCUCUGUGACUCUGCGGAGAGGCUUUCAAACGGGGAGAGAUGAGUGGCCGCACGCACAGCGCACUGCAGACUUUCACGACGCAUUUAUCACAGCGCCCAGCCCAGACAGCGCAGAGCAGGCGUCCGGCGUCAUUGAGGUUCACCGUCUUACCUGUGUGAGUGACCUCAGGGUUCCUUGGAGCUGACCUUGUUGUCAGUCUAGUGCUGUGCACUACGAGUGAACCUGAUCGGGCCAUAAGUUAUUUUUUUAAUAUAUUUUAUUGAUUAUUCUAUUACAGUUGUCUCAUCCCCCCCCUUUCCCUGCUGAUAACCCUCCAUGUGAUCUCCAUUUCUGUGUUGC